AUGCAAAAACAUGGCUACAACAAAGUCUAUGCUGGGUUAAAUAUUCCUAAUCAAGUAUUAAAAUAAAAAUUUGUACAAAGUGUCGUUGUUUAAGUAUGUUACGAAUCUUCGAAAAAUAUAUUAUUAUAAUUUUCGUGUUUGGUUUAUAGUGAAUUGGUGUUCUAAUUGACUGAAAAUGUGCAUUGUUGUUUGAAUGACCACCUGGCUCUAUGUAUACUGCCUGUGAUACUGUCAAUCGGACCUUAUCAUUUAAAAUAUGGGUUUUAUUGAGUUCAGAUCAAAUAUUUCAAGGACUGUCCAUGUAAAUUGAUUCCGUUGACCCAAACGGAUGCCUCCGCUGGUGGAGCAGUUGCAUCAUUAUCAGUAUCAGCCGAGGCACAUGGAAGCGUCCCGAAAUGGAGACUCGGUUCAAGUGGAGCACCGGACGCACAACGUCCACCAUCCUCAUCCCAUCCCACUUAACAUCGCCCAUCGGUCUGUCUUGCACAGGAACCCUUUGGUGCCGGUGCCCUACCUCAGAACAGCGCUCUACGAUUACGAUGCCCAAGGAGAGGAUGAGCUAUCCCUCAGGAAGGGACAAAUCGUCGAAGUUCUGUCCGAAGACGCCAAAAUAUCCGGCGACGAGGGCUGGUGGACGGGAAAGAUCGGGGAGAAGGUGGGAAUCUUCCCUUCGAACUUCGUCGCCCACCAGGACCCCGAACACGACUUCUCCGAGCACUACAAUAACAUCAUCGCCGACAUAGACCCCGUCAAAAUUGACUUCGCCGAACUGGAACUGGAAGAAGUCAUAGGCGUCGGCGGCUUCGGCAAAGUGUACCGCGGCAUAUGGAACAAUCACGAGGUGGCUGUCAAAGCGGCGCGUCAGGACGCCGACGCUGACGCCAGCGUCACCAUGGAAAAUGUCAUUAAAGAGGCAAAACUGUUCUGUUUGUUGUGUCACGAGAACAUCGUUUCGUUGGAAGGCGUGUGUCUGCAGGAACCAAAUUUGUGUUUGGUGUUGGAAUACUGUAGGGGCGGGUCGUUGAAUCGGAUUUUGGCCGGGAGGAAGAUCAGACCAGACGUUUUGGUCGAUUGGGCGAUACAGAUCGCGCGCGGAAUGGACUAUCUGCAUUGUAGGGCGCCCAUUUCGCUUAUACAUCGGGACCUGAAGAGUUCUAACGUUCUACUUAGUGAAACAAUCGAGAACGACGACAUACAGUUCAAAACGUUGAAAAUUACGGAUUUCGGCUUAGCCAGGGAGGUGUACAAGACCACCAGGAUGUCGCAGGCUGGAACUUACGCUUGGAUGGCUCCAGAGGUUAUCAAAAACUCAACGUUCUCAAAAGCGAGCGAUGUAUGGAGUUACGGGGUGCUUCUGUGGGAGUUGUUGACUGGUGAAACGCCUUACAAAGGAAUUGAUACGUUAGCAGUGGCCUAUGGAGUGGCGGUUAAUAAGUUGACGUUGCCAAUACCUAGUACGUGUCCUCAACCAUGGAGGGAGCUCAUGGAAAAAUGUUGGGAAUCCGACCCUCACAGGAGACCUUCGUUCGAACACAUACUAGAUGAUUUGGAUAAUAUAGUACACUCUUCAUUUACGCAAACGCCGCACGAGAGUUUUCACAUCAUGCAAGACGACUGGCGACAAGAGAUCGAGGAAGUCCUCUUGGAAUUGCGCAGAAAAGAAAAGGAAUUGCGAUGCAGAGAAGAGGAUCUGAACAGAGCACAAUUACAACAACGAAUGCACGAAGAACAACUUAGACAGAAGGAACAGGAGUUGCAUGCCAGAGAAAUCGAUUUACUUGAACGAGAACUACACUUUAUGAUUAAACAACAAACUCCUACGCCUAUCAAAAGGAAAGGAAAAUUUAAACGAUCGAGAUUGAAAAUAUUGAAGAAGGAACCCGGUACGAAUAUUAGUUUUCCUUCGGAUUUUCGACAUACGAUUACAGUACAACAUACCGUAGACCAUAAAGGUAUUAGCGGCAUUAUUUCGCCCAAUAGUCCGCCCGGGUCACCGGCUAUUCCUAGGUUAAGGGCGAUAGCACUACCAGCCGACGGAGUGAAAGGGAAAACGUGGGGCCCGAGCACGUUGCACCAGCGCGAGCGCGGCCAAAUCAUGCUGAGGCCGAGCCCAAAUAGGACGGCGCUGUGGUCGAAAAGCGCCCCGAAUCUGGACAAAACCAGGACAGGCGCGGCCGCCGGUCCCGUCGCCAACCUCACCAGACCCCAACAGCACGAUCUAGAUUAUGCACCAGUUGAAGAUUGGGGUCCUGAGUAUCCCAUACCUGGGAUUGUUCGACCGAAUGUGCCCAUUCCCACGUUGUACAGCGCAGAUGGACAACGCAUGAAGCCAAAGUUCAGUAUAGUCGAGUUAGUUCUGUACAAUAUAGCAGCCCUAUUAGCAGGAGUAGCAUCCGGAUAUGACGUAAGAUUAUCAAACGUUUCGCCUUUACAUCCAAGACUGCAACCAAAUAGGUUAGAAGUAGCCGAACUACCAGCGUGGCGCCCUGUGGAAAACCAAGAUUACGAAUACUCAACGACGUCCGGUUACAAUCACAACACUUAUCACGGCCCCACCAAGCACUAUCGACCCAUGUUAACCGGUUCGCAUUUAGUCACUACGAAAAACGAAGAUCUGAAGCCUCUGCGGUUCACAGAUUCUCCGCAGCACAACCCUGUACCGAACCCAUCGCCCAGAAGGAAGUCCAGUUCGACCAGCAACGAUGGUUCCGAAUUGUAUACAGGUUUCGAAAGAAACGCCACCAUCUACAUCCCAGGGGAUUACCAUAAAUGCCAGUCAGAUGUCGGACAUUGUAUAGGUUGCGUCCGAGCUGAUAAUAGUUAUAUUUAUGAUGGUUUGUACCCCGGGUACCAUUCUGAAUACAGUGGUUCCACUACUCUAUAUGGUUACGGUACCGAUUAUGCCUACGAGAACCCAAGCAGCAUUAGCAGCCACAGUGGGCCUAGAACACCACAAAAAUUACCUAUACACACUCAUAAAAGAACGCCUUCAAACGUUUCAAACACCAGUUCAACUACUACAAGCGGUUCCAAUAUUAAUCACAGUUUUCGAUUAGAAGAAGAAUAUUCCGCUAAUCAUUAUUUACCUAGGAGAACGUAUGAUUAUGAUUACAAUGCGUAUCCGAGGCAGAACUCUAGUGAAAACAAUUUCGAACGGCCUACAACUUUGGAUACGUCGGGUUACACGAAAUUACGAUCAAGUUUGAAACGCAGCAAUUACCAGAAUACUCAAGGACACUCCGGCGGGAAUACCCCGACGAAUCCUACGCCUCCCGACAGUUUGACGAGCGAUGACAGCUCUUACGUGUCGGCUAAAGAAAGCAACAACAGCGUGAGUCGAGUGAGAUUCUCUCCGACCACGUUAUUGGAUCUACCUGUACCUGGACAGCAACAGGAUCCGACGGUACCUUUGCAGGCGAGACGGACGAGGCUGAGGCCGUCUUUAGUUGAAAUCGAUAAAGAGUUUUUGUCAUAACCUCGUCCGGUGGGUGGUUUUUGGUAUUUUUUAUGGUAUCAAUAUUAACCGUUGUGUGUUUUUUUGGGCGGAUAAUGUGACGAACUAUUUCUUGCCUUAGUAUCGGUUUUGUAAGUUCCAAUCACCUCGUACAUCACUUUUUCGUCUUUUGAGGUUUCUAUUGUUAAAGGAGAUAAAGGAAACAAAGAGGAAGAACAAAAAGCGACAAAGAAAUAUUUUCGUUGAUUUGAUAGGCCAAGGAACAUUAGUUCCUCUUUUUCUUGGUUUUGGCAGCAGUUCAAUUUCUGAGUUUGUGCUCCCUUAUAUCUAGCUCCCUAUUUAUAAACAAAUAGAGCAUACUGAAUAAUAUUAAUAAGAUGUGGCAUAUUUCGGUGACCUUUGGCCAUUGUAUUGGACCUUUUUCGAGAACUAGCUUUGAGUCCGCUUAGUUUUUAUUUUAAAUUUAUCUCCAUAUUUUUUGUUUUACUUUUAAACCUUAGCGAUUUUUUGUUAUUCCAAGGGACUAGAACUAUACAUUAAAUACGUAGUCCUUAUGAUCUACGACGUAUAUAUAGUAUAUUCGAUUUUAUAAUACUAUGUGCCUUCAUCAUCGUGAAUUAAAGAUUAUUUUAUGAUUCGCGUGCAAUUUAAGCCUUUUUAUCGAUUUAUCACAGUUUCAAAGAGCCGUUGUCGAAUAUAGCAUUAAAUAGGUAAUCCUAACGUUCUACCGUUACAUUUGAUAUAUCAUUUUGUCUUUAUAGCACACAAUCAAUUUUACGAUAACUCGACGAAUGACAGAUUCAUGAUUAAGAUGUUAUAUGACUAUGAUUUCAUAAUUCUAAAAAAUUCCAAAAGGAUAACAAAUUACAAUCGUUAUAAGUAUGACUCAACAUUACCCUUUCAAAUUUAGUCAAAAUCUGACCAAUAUUACCUAAGUUAGAUAACCUCUUUACAAUGCUUCUCCGCAUCUUUUGUCGUUAUUUAUCACAUCUAUAUGACUUUUUACAUUGAAUAUCGUUCACCCCAUACAAAUUUAACUAACAAUAACGAAGAUAGGAGUUAGUGCCUUUUUGACGAUACUACUGGGCAUGUUUUGCCAAUUGUCAUGUCACCUUUCAAUGUUAACUAUUAAAUAUGUUAUCUAUCAACUCAAACAG